AUGUGCCUCCACCUAGCUCCUGUGCCUCACCUAGCUCCUGUGCCUCACCUAGCUCCUGUGUCUCACCUAGCUCCUGUGCCUCACCCUAGCUCCUGUGGCUCAUGUGUCUCACCUAGCUCCUGUGUCUCCCUAGCUCAUGUGUCUCCCAUCCUGUGUCUCCACCCACUUCCUGUGCCUCACCUAGCUCCUGUCCUCACCCUGGCUCCCGUGCCUCACCUAGCUCGUGUGCCUCACCUAGCUCCCUGUGUCUCACUAGCUCCUGUGCCUCACCUAGCUCCUGUGCCUCACCUAGCUCCUGUGCCUCACCUAGCUCAUUGCCUCACCAGCUCCUGCCUCCACCUAGCUCCUGCUCACCAGCUCCUGUGCCUCACCCAGCUCCUGUGCACUCACCUAGCUCCUGUGCCUCACCUAGCUCUGUGCCUCACUGCUCCUGUGCUCACCUAG